GGAAAGCGCACAUCUGGCAGAAACUCCAGGAUGCCUUCCCAGAAGGAACGCACCAAGAGGAGCCUCACACAGAGGCUGGCCCUAAAAAGCCGUAUAGCUAAGGAGACAGUCUCUGAGUUCCUGGGCACCUUUAUCAUGAUCGUCCUUGGGUGUGGCUCUGUUGCCCAAGCAGUCCUCAGCCGAGGUCAUCUUGGUGGAAUAGUCACUAUAAAUAUGGGAUUUGCAACAGCAGUCGUGAUGGCUAUUUAUGUCACUGGCGGUGUCUCUGGAGGCCACAUCAACCCAGCUGUGUCUUUUGCAAUGUGCAUCUUUGGAAGGAUGGAGUGGUUCAAGUUCCCAUUUUAUGUGGGAGCACAGUUUUUAGGAGCCUUUGUAGGGGCUGCAACUGUCUUUGGCAUUUACUAUGAUGGACUCAUGGCCUUUGCUGACGGAAAAUUGCUCGUCGCGGGAGAAAAUGCAACAGCGUUCAUUUUUGCAACAUACCCAGCUCCAUUCAUAUCCCUGCCAAAUGCCUUUAUAGACCAAGUGCUGUCUACCAUGCUGCUUCUUCUGAUUGUCUUUGCCAUUUUCGACUCCAGAAACAUGGGGGUCCCCAGAGGCCUAGAGCCCCUUGUCAUUGGCCUCCUGAUCAUUAGCCUGUCUUGUUCUCUGGGCCUCAACACUGGCUGUGCCAUGAACCCAGCUCGAGACCUGAGCCCCAGGCUCUUCACUGCUCUGGCAGGAUGGGGAUUUGAGGUCUUCACGGCUGGGAACAACUUCUGGUGGAUUCCUGUUGUGGGCCCGAUGGUUGGCGCUUUCUUCGGAGGCCUCUUCUACAUUCUUCUUAUCCAGCUCCAUCACUCGGACCCCGACUCAGAAGUGAAGGCAGAGCCAUCUGGGAGCAAGCUAGAGAAAUAUGAACUCAGCGACAGCUUGUAGUGGUGUGACCGGGCCUAGAGUUACUAUUUAUUCGGUUCUCGCUUCAGAAAAGAUGGCAUCCGUGUGGUAUGCUUUGGUGAGAAUUGAAGGUGGGGUGGGGGAAAUCGACCCACUUUUCUCUAGCCAUUUGGGACAAACCAUUGCAGAGGCAGUAAUGAAAAACUCCACCAGUCACCCCUCCCCCAGAAUAUCACUGGCAGUCCCCCUGGGGCAGCGUUCUCUCCAGCCUGGUUCAUUGCAUCUUUGAUGGAAGGCCUUAGUAAUUGCUAAGCAUUUAGGAACUUGACCAUGGACUUGGUAGGAUGGCCUCAGAGACAUUUACUGCCCUGUGUGAAACAGUGUCACCAAAGACUCUGCCUUCACAAUCUACAAAGACAGCAUUCCGAAACUGAAAGGCCCAACAGUGACUGCGCUCAACACCUAUGAAAUGGAAGGGAAGAGUUAACACUCCACCAAGCUGAGCACUGAUAUUCUCCCAACCUAGGGCUCUAGAAAACAGCAGAAGACAGCUGGGAAGAACUCUGUGACAUUUAAAAACCUCAGGACACAAGAUAAAUUUGGGAAACUGAAUGGCUUUUUUUUUUAUGGAAACCAUUUGCCAGAUUAAUCUCUUGCACUUCCCUGCAUUUUAGAUGGUAUCGAUUACUUUCCAGGUCCUUAAGUAUAUAAUAACGUGAAAUAUGAUUUUAACAUUGGUCAUGAAAAAUACAUCACUCUGUCUUUUUCAGCACAAAUGUGUUUUCCUAAUGGCUCAGUCGAGGGCAGACCUCUUGAGUAGUCUGUGGCUGCACAUCCAUGUCCCCAGAAGCCCAAACUAGAAGCUAGUGGAAGCUGACCAGGCAGCCUGAGGUUGAGGGUAGAAAGAAUCCCUGGGACAAAAGCAUGAGGGACAGGCUUUAUCUCUCACUAAAUGCUUUCCUAAGCGUCAUCACAUUUGACCCCAACAGCCAUCGUUGGAGGGAAAUAACCAUAGCAGCCAUUUUUCAAAUGAAAAUCUCACGUGAAUUAAGCAAGUUGUCCUUUGUUUUGCAGGGUGUCUUAUGCCUUCCAGAAGCUUGCUAACUGAUUGAGGGUGUUAGACAUUCCCCUCAGGGUUCUGUGGAAGGGGGGGCAUCAGUAGCUUUCAGAACAUGUGUGCUUUGUAGAAAUACUACCUUCAGAUCUUAGGGUGUGAGAUCUCCAGAUCCUACAUUUUUGGUAUUCCCACUGUCACUGAGGCGUUGAUGAAGGAAAGAGUAUUAAAUACAUGUAGGGGGUAUUAUCGUGUUUAGGAUCUUUUUUCCAUUUGAUAGCUACCAAGCAUCCUUAGUUCAGAGUUGGUCAAAAACUGUCUAGGAAUUUAAGUUCCUGUGGGGAUUUUAGAAAAUAUUAAUUCCCAGUUAGUCCUUUGUAAAUAACUCAGGUGAUUCAAGCUUUCAUCGAGGACUGGAAACAUGGACUGGAUUGAAUUCUAUGGGCCUAAUUUUUUCCUUGAAAGCCAUAUCUAGUUGUCAUGAUGGGCUUGCUGGUGGUGUUCUCAGUGCCUUCGGUUCCUGGUGGAUGCCAGCAUAGUUCCCAAUAGUGGCAAUUUUGCUUUCUUCUCUCCAUACUCAGAACAUCUGGAAACAUCUGGAGACAUUGACGUUGUGACAUCUAGGACUAGGGGAAAGAGUUAGAGAUGCUGCCACCGCAAGGCGGUAACAAACUCACGUCAGUUAUGCCCAGGAUGAGAGACCCUGUAGUUUCUCAGAGGUGGGGAGAGAAUCAAGAUACUGUGGUCCUGAGCCCUGGAUUCAGGUUCUAUGGGGAGCAGAGAACGAGCCAGAACAGACUCUCGCGGUAGAUUUUAAUUCUUAGAGCAGGAAGCAAUCCAAAAUUUGAGAUUUUGCAGGGUAGAUUGUGCAAUAGAUCAUCCAUGCAGGUCCUCAUUGAAUAUCAUUGGAUGAUCAAUGAUCAGGAUUAUAAGGAGGAAGUGUGCAGUGUCAGAAGUCCACCCUAGGAAGGAUAUCUUCAUAGAAAAAGCUUCCUUGGUGGGUGUUUGUGACACAUACCUUUAAUUCCAGCAUUCAGGAGAGAGAGGCAGGCGGAUCUCAACAAGUUCAAAGCCAGCCUGGUCUACAAGAGCUAGUUCCAGGACAGCUAGGACUAUUACACAGAGAAACGUUGAAAGAGAGAGAGAGAGAGAGAGAGAGAGAGAGAGAGAGAGAAGAAGAAGAAGAAGGAGGAGGAGGAGGAGGAGGAGGAGGAGGAGGAGGAGGAGGAGGACGAGGACGAGGAGGAGGACGAGGAAGAGGAGGAGGAGGACGAGGAGGAGGAGGACGAGGAGGAGGAGGAUAAAAGAAAAGAAAAAGAAAAAAGAAAGAAAAGAAAAAGCUCCCUUGUCCCAUGCUCAGAUCCAUUCCUGUCCCAGGUCUACCAUGAGCAAUGUCUCUGUUGAAUUCUUCACCAAGAGACUGUCUGUGAAGUUACUGGGUCUCUGCCAGCAGUUGCCAGCAGAGCCAAGUCCCUCCUUUGAAAAGAUCUCCUAUAGGAAUUCUAGUUGCAACAUUCCUUCCUGCCCCCUUGUCAGUUGAAAAGGCUCCUAGGAACAUUUAUCUUAACAUCAAAACCAGAAUUUUCUGUGAUUUCCCUGACCAGUUGAGGUUUCAGAGCAUGGUUCUACCCAGCAAAUAGCUCAGCAAUUAUUUAGUUGUUGGAUGGGAUAAGUAAAGCUAAAAAUAUGCUUUGAUUUAAUCCUUAAGGUAUAAAUUAUAAUUUAAGUUGCACACACACACACACACACACCUUAUGUAUCUUGUUACAUAAGGUAAUCAGCACUCAGCAAAAUCAUCAUGGGGAAAGAACUGGAAUUUCUGAUGACAAAGGAUGGUUUAUAAGCUUUGUUUAGUCAUAAAAAUGAUUGUUCAAAUAAAUCUUGUGCGGUGUCCACAAAUGAAGUGGAGCUGGUAUUAAUACAAAGGGGACAAGGGUUAAGGAGCUUUGUCCCAAGAAUAGCUCUAUCAGGGAGACGGAGCAUCUUCAGAACACUGCAUCACGGCUUAAAAGCCAUUGACAAAACCUCAUAAUGAAUGUUUCAAAAACAAAAAUCUGGCUCUAUUAAUUCAGUCCCAUGACCUUCCUAAGAAGUGAAUUUGGGCAGAAUUUUCCCCCUUCCCACCUCAAAAACAUCACAAUGAGAUGUGGGAUGUCAGUUCUCAAACUGAGAAUCUAAAUUCUCUGGGGGUAAUGAGUUCACCAAUUACAGUCCACGGGCAUAAAUUAGGAUAGCCCUAGUCAGGGCUACUGUGUGGACCCUCUAGGUCCACAUAAAAAUAAAAGAUAGCCAAUAGUUGCAGAUAGACAGACAACCAAACAACCGACGUCCAACCUCUUCUAUCAUGAGCUGAGUGGCUCUUAUGAUGGAGAAGACCUCUCUGCUGUGGUAGAGGGCACAACCAAGUGAGCAUGAAUAAACUCCAGUUGUCGAGAGAAUCCACCAAACAGUGAGUGGAUGCGCAAUUGAAGCCCUCAAGGGCUACAUUUUGUUUUGCCUUGAUGAGUUUCACACACACACACACACACACACACACACACACACA